GCAGAAAUGUCUCCCUCUGAAAAUAAAGGGCUAAUACUGGGCAUAAUGGCAGGGACUGCUGGAAUAAGCCUGAUGCUGCUUUGGUACCGCAAGAUCCGAAAACCUGGUGUAGCUGUGCAUAUACCUGCAUUCCUAGAUGCAGGUACCAGGCUUAAUUCUGUGGGCUUGGAAAAUGAAGCUCCUAACGAGCAAGAAGCAGUAAUGGUUUUACAUGGAAGGCAACUGCAGAUACUAGAAAAAUUGAAUGGCUUGCUAGUAAGUGUGGACGAACUGAAGAGAGAGGUCAAAUUUCUGAAAGAAGCUAUUCCCAAGCUUGAAGAGCUUGUUCGAAAUGAGCUUCAAGGGAAGGGAGAUGUUCAGAGAGUUAGCCCAUCACACAGAGCAACAAAGCGGAGAAAAGCUGAGACAGCUUCUGGUGCAACAGAAACUACCAGCUCUGAGGAGGCGGAAAGUGAAGGAGGUUAUCUUACAGCUCAUACUGAUUCAGAAGGAGACUCUGAGGAAGAAAAGGGAUGUAUGAAAUCACUCAAUGCCAUUGUGAAAUCAGAAGAAGAAGAAGAGUUAUUUAAUCUUUUACAGCAGGUGGACAAUUUGCACAAGGGUUCAGAGGAUGAUAAAAAGGAGGGCUUCAGACUGCUGCUUGAGAAAGUUGGCAAGUAUGAAAACUGUGUGGACUUCCUUUGGAGACUUGCACGUGCUUAUGGAGAUCUGUUUGAGAUGACUACUGAUGCUGAGGAGAAGAGGAAAUACGUUACUGACGGAAAGAUUAAAGCUGAAAAGGCUGUUCUGCUGGAUGGCAAGAGUGCUGAGAGUCACCAGUGGUUUGCAAUUAUGUGUGGCUAUAUGUCUCAGUUUGAAAGUGUACAAAACAAAAUCAGGAAUGGUUAUCUCUUUAAGGAGCACCUAGACAAAGCAAUUGAACUUAAGCCUCAAGAUCCUUUUUUAUAUUACCUAAAUGGAAGAUGGUGCUAUUCAGUAGCUCAGUUGUCUUGGAUUGAAAAGAAAGUAGCUGCUGCUCUCUUUGGGACUCCACCAACUUCAACAAUAGAAGAAGCAUUGCAGAAUUUCCUUAAGGCAGAAGAAAUGCAUCCAGGAUAUUCCAAAUGCAAUUACGUGUAUUUGGCAAAGUGCUAUAAAGAUCUUGGCCAGAAAAACAAUGCACUGAAGUACUGUGAUUCUGCACUGUCAAUUCUCUCAGUUUCUAAUGAGCAUGACACGCCUCUUGGUCUGGAAGGACUUUAUCCAAAGGUGACAUAA